AUGUCACGACAAGAUGCCGUGAACAUCCCGGUGCCAGAACCGGACGAAGGGGAAUACCUCGAAGAGCAGGCGGACGGAGGCAGCGACGAAGAGGCGGACUACGAGCAGUUCCAAAGGUGGAUGCAGUUUCGCGAGCGCGACCGACGGUCAGAGUGGCGAGGACAUCGCCCACGAGAGCAGAGCCGCCGAGGACGAGAUGAUGAAGAUGAUGAUCAAGGCGACCUGCGGGCGAACGCCGGCCCUCCCCCGCCGUGGGACGGUCAAGAAUCCCCCUUCGAGGACUAUCUGAUCCGUGCCAGGAUCUGGGUCGGAACGACAAAAGCUCGAGGCCGAACACGCGGGCCCCUCCUCUUAAAGGCUUUGAGCGGGACCCCUUUCCAGGACUUUAAGCACCUGGCAAAGGAUGCCAAGUGGCUCACCGACCCGGACAACGCCGAGCAGCUCCUCAGCCAGAUGGACACCCCAGAGUACUACGGGGACGACAAGGACGAGCACCUUCUGGCCUCCCUCUCGAGGAUCACCUACCACUUGAAGCGGUCCCGGACCGAAAGUGCCCGCCAAUUCCUUGGCCGCUGGGAGGCGGCCGAAAGGAAAGUUCUUGAGCAUAAGGUCAACUUGCCGCCGAUCUACAAGGGCUUCCUGUUGAUCAAUGCUUUGGGGCUCUCGGAGCCAGACACCAAAGCCCUGCUGAACUUCACGCAGGGAUCGAUCGAGCCGAAGGACGUGAAGCAUUGGCUCCGGAAGCACGAGACCAAGCUUCAGGCCAACCAACUCGGCAACGAAUCGGCCAACAGGACCGGCAAGGCGACGGGCUCCGCGGUGCACAUGAUGGAGGAGAUCCCAGAGGAAAAUGGAGACCAGGCCGUGACCGGCCCGGAUGACGAGGAGAUUGACCUGAUGGAGGCCAUGCUGGCGGACCUCGUCGAGGACGAGGAGACGGAGCCAGGGCCCUUCGAGGAGCAAGAGGUGGCCGAGAUCCUGUCCAUGAUGAUCAAGGAAAAGAAGAAGACGUAUACUCAAUCAGCUCAAUUGAAGAAGGACAAGGAGCUUGGCCGCGGCUACCGGAACGGCACGGGUUUCAACAGCCGCUCAGUGAGCGGACCCAUCCGGCCUGGACACUACAAGUUGUCGAUUGCUGAACUCAAGCAGCGGACACGCUGCAAGAAGUGUGGCAAAAUCGGCCACUGGCAGAGAGAGUGUCCUGGGACGACUGGGACCGGCCAAGCGGCGAGCACUAAGGAGACGCACCUUCUCGAAGUAGACCUGCAGGACUAUGACGAUGCCAUGUUCUGCCACUACCUGGAGACGGUGCCGAAGCCUGGCGCCGGAGGUGCAGUUUUGAAUGAGGAUUUUGAGCCAAAGGGCUAUGGACACAACCGUGACAGCCCAAUUUCCGAGCUCGAUUACAUGUUUCGGCCUUGCCAUGAGGACGCCAUGGACUGCAGCUCGCCGACGAACAAGCGAGCUCGACCCGAGGGUGCAGAUGGAGCCAAGACAGCCCGGGCGUUGGACGCCUGGAGGAAUCUACUCCUCCGACUCGCUCUGAUCUUCCGGCCCAUGGUACGCCUGAUGGUCAAUUUGGUGGAGGGCUCCCUGGACCGGUCCUUCCAGCAGGUCAAGAACAACGUCCAUGCCUACCACCUGGCCCACCUGGAGGAGCUCCGCCGGGUCGUGGACGACGCGAUCAAGGACAAGACCGACCAGGACCGCGAGCUGUUCCACAAGUUCCAGAAUUGGAAGCGCGAGAAGAAGUCACAGGGACCUCCGUCGGGAACGGAGGCCGGGUUCGAGAUGGUGGAGAAACGGUCGGCAAGCAGCUCGGCGUACUUCCCCUUGCCGGACUCGAUCUCGGAGUACACCCACUACAAUGUGAAGACGGGCAACCGAGGCAAAAGGGUCACUGCGGCCCGAACGGGAUCGCCACCUUGCGGACCACCUCCACCUGUGCCCCUGAACCAGAACAUCAAGCCCUCAAGCAGCGGGGGAACCAGUCACUACGCUUCGCCCAGCCUGAGCUCCUCACCGACCAUGGAGAAAGUGACCGACAAGAUGAAGCAGCAGGAGGUCUUCACCUUCGGGGCCCAACUCUUCGGCAUCGACCUCCCGCAGUGCAACUGCGGCCUGGUGUGCAAGAUGGAGUUGAGCCAGACCCAGGCGAACCACCAACGGGUCUUCGUGAACUGCUGCAAGCGCAACGAGAAGGAGCAAUGCGGUGUUUUCCGAUGGUGCGAGAAGCAGCCUCUCCUGGACGAGGAGUUCCGGGUGACCCGCGACCGGGUCCGGAGCGAGAUCACGGAGGACCACACCCCCCGGGAGUUCCUGGUCCGGAUGAUCCAGGACCUCUGCGGCCACAGUUCGACGAUCCGGACGGGGACCAACGCCUUCGUGAACCGGGUUCGAUGCCGGACAUGCCACAAGCUCCUCACCAACGAGACCAAGAGCCCCAGCGAGUCGAAGAACCCCAAGACGGAGAACAAUAUGGUGGGGGCCAGUCUCGGACCAGCACCUACGGAAGCUUCGGACGAGAGUUCGAGCCACCAGGCGGACUACCAGGAGUUCCUUGCUUGGCGGCGCCUACAACACUGUGGGGUCCACUGCGAUCCCUAUGAACCGGGAGGACUUAGCAGGAAUGAGGUUGCUGAGCUAGGUGAGACCGAGGGCAAGGGAUCUGACAUGUCAGUCCUCUAUGUUUCGAACAUACCUCAGUGCUUCCUAGAGUGCUUGCACCAUGCUCUUGACACGAAGUGUGCCUGUCUUGUGUUCGUUCUGCCUCCGAAACCUGAACACAACCAUGAAGAAGACGUGAUCAUGAGAUUGGUUAGGCAGGGCAGUGCGAAAGCAGUUCGAGAUGGGGCCAAGGUCGUGUGUGUCCAAGAGGGACCUGAAGAUGUCUCGCAGUUUGAACACCUCCCGGAACGCAGCCGUUUUGGUGGCAUGCACUUUGCCACUAACUGGAGUACUGUGACCCGGGCCCCCGGCCGAAGCAAUCCCGUGAAUGUAGGAGCGUUCCUUGGUCUGGUGCGAUGCCUGCUCGCUGGAUGCUAUGGCGUUGACGUCAACACGAUCUACGUGCGGGACGUGGUGAAGGAUGUUCAAGAACAAGGAGAACGACUACGGCGGUACCAAGACUACACCCACCAGGCGAUCGACGAGAACGAAGUGCACUUCCAGCGACGGGACAACCAGUACCAGAUCCACCCGAAGAUGAAGGCGAUCAAGGGGGUAAACGACCACUACCAGGCAACGACUGAAGUCAUCAAGAUCGCCCAGGAGAUGAGAUGUAGCGUGUGCGAGAAGUUUUUGCAGACACGACCUCCGCGACGAGCAGCACCACCACGUGAAGUGGGGAUCAACGAGGUGAUCGGGAUGGACACCGUUUGGAUACCUACUGUGGGACAGAAGCGGAAGAAGAUUGCCUUGAACAUCAUUGACUACGCCUCACACUUCCAGAUGAUCAUACCCUUGAAGGGGAGAAGUCCCGAGGCUGUCUGGACCGCUUACCGGCAAUGGGUACGAUUCUUCGGGCCACCCAAACAAAUUUGGGCGGAUCAAGGAGGCGAGUUCAAAGGAUCUUUCCGGACCCGAACCAUCCAGGAAGGAACAAGACUGGAACCCAGUAGCCUGGAAUCCCCCUUCCAACGGGGGCUAGCAGAGAGACACGGAAAGACCUUCAAGGUGAUCCUCGAGAAGAUCAUGGCGGACUACUGCUUCAGCAACCUUGCCGAGUGGCAUGAGCUCGUGGACACGGCCGCGAUGAUGAAGAAUCGCCUCGCAUCUCGAGGCGGAUUUUCCCCUGUCCAACGCGUCAUCGGUUAUUUACCCCGACUACCUGGAGGACUCCUAUCCGAAGGCCAAGACGACGCCGAGACGAGCAAGCCGAACCGACUUGGAGAUGGAGGACUAGCCCGGUCCAUGGCCAUGAGGAAGGCAGCGGCAAAGGCUUUCUUUGAGGUGGACUGCGACCAGGCCUUAAGGAAUGUGCUAGCCGGUGGGCCGCGACCUCAACACGACUACGUGGUCGGACAGAUGGUCUACUUCUACCGCUUGGGCCAUUCCAAGAAAGGAGAUCGUCCACAUGAACGGUGGCACGGGCCCGCGCGGGUCAUUAUGACGGAUCUUCCGUCAACUCUAUGGCUCAGCUACCAGGGCAACCUGGUCAAGGCCUCACCUGAACGAGUUCGGCCUGGCAGCGAAGAAGAAAAGAUGACCAUACAUGGUUGGCUGGAUGGCUUGGCACAAGCUAAGGAGGAGUUCGAGAAAGAGCCUAAGCGUGGCUACAUGGACCUCACUCACCAAGGAGCCCCUCCCGGAGCCGGACGAGAUGGAACCGAAUGA